CCAUUCUCUCACCCGACUGUGCGUCCACACCGGGCUGUACACACCACACAGCUGCACCGCGUCCAGCAGCCCCACAACCCAGUGCUCUGCCCCUCCCCGGUGCUGCCCACCGUCCUCAAAAGAAGAGGUCCCACCCCCUCUUCUCUGCUCAACCCUCAGUCAUGGGAAAGCCCCAGGGCAGGUCAUAUCCCUCCCCUGCCCAGCCACCUCCUGUGACUCCUCACUGGAAAAACCAUGAUGUCACCGGGGCCACCAGCCCUGCCUGAUCCUACUGCACCCUGCCUCUGGCCUUGCCAGCCCCGUGGUCCCUCAUGGAUACUCAGUCCCCUCCCCAGAACUUCCCUGGCCACCUGGUGCAGGGCCUGUACUGCACUCUAUGGCCAUGGCUAUUUCUUUUACCCAGUGAGUGGGAACUUCACAGCUGGCUUCCCCCACGGUCCACAGAGAGGGCGCAGGAGUUGGGCAAUUGCCUUGCACACAGCUGACCCAAGGUGGUUUUUUUUUUUUUUUUUUUGGUCUUGAGUCACCCGGUGAUGCACAGGGGUUACUCCUGGCUUUGCACUCAGGAAUCACUCCUGGCAUUGCUCUGGAGACCAUAUGGGAUGCUGGAAAUUGAAUCCGGGUUGGCUGCGUGCAAGGCAAACGCCCUACCCACUGUGCUAUCACCUCAGCCCCUAAACCAAAAUUUCAAUCUUUGGUGUUGCAGGGUACCUGGGGCAGAACGACUGGGUGUAGCUCCCCCCAAAAGAGGGCAGGAAAGGGGGUCGGAGUACAAUAGGUAAGGUGCUUGCUUUGCAUACACCUCACCUGGGUUCAACUCCCAGCAUCCCAAAUAGUCCCGAAUACAGCUGGGUGUGACCCCAAAGACAAAAGAGGCAAGGAAAAUUGACAGAUAUGAGUUCCCUGCCAGUUCUCCCCAGCCUCAAGCAAGGACUGGCCGCACAGUAGGUGUUCAAUAAAAACGGAACUGGGCUGGAGAGCUCAAUGAGCUGAGCAUGGGCUUUGCAAGCAGUGCACCCUUGUGUUGUGGUUUGAUGGCUGGGAAUGACACCACGCAAGAAACAUGAGUAGCCUCUGAGCACCAUCACAGAGGCCUCAAAUCAAAAUAAAUCAAGUGAGGGGGGUGGGGCAUACUUGGUGCUCACCCUGGAGGGGGACUCAGCUGUUCGGCCACAGCCUCUCAGGAGUGAACCUGUUAGGAGGGGCCUGAGGGUGUGUGGUGAGACCCCAGCACCAGCCCACAGCACUGUCCUGUUUCGGGGACACACCCUGAGGAGCGCUCAGGGCUUAUUUCUGGCUCUGCACUCAAGAGCCACUCUUGGCAGGGGCUAUCAGCGGGUGCUGGGGAAUCGAACCUGGGUCAGCCAGUCUCCCUCAGGGCAAGUUCCCUUCCUCUGUGCUAUUGUUCCAACCCCAGCACUGCCCUUCGUGAGGUUCAGGCCAUCACAAGCUGAUUCCCUGCUGCCGUCAGGAGCACCACAGCUACGCGAGAUACUUGAGCUGUCUAGUCCCCAGCGCGGGGAGAGCCAAGUGGGGAGUGUUUUCCAGAUGAAGUUCGGGCGUCGGGAGGAUGAAGGCAGAGGCUGACCCGUUAGUGGCCAUAGGGGAUUCCAACCCACUGUGCUCCCCAGCCAGAUGGCUCAGAGCCCGUUUCUCCAUGGAUAAGCCCCCACCCUCUUCAAUGCUGGCACUCAGGAGAUUAGAGGGGGACUGUGCCAGGCAGGUGGCCUGGGGUGCUAUGAAUAAUUGAGGGUCUCCACCGCCUUGCAGCUGUCGCCCUGCCCCGGGCGGGUAGGGAACAGGAGAAUGGAAGGGGCGCCAAUGAUGUCACUUCCUCCCCUAGGGGGUUAUAAGGAGGCGCUGCCUGGCCCGGGCAGCCCAGGCAGAGGGUCCCAGCAGCUCGCACCAUGUCACCUGCUUGCGUGCUGCUGCCGCUGCUCCUGGGAGCAGCCACUGCUGCUCCCCCGGCGCUGAGGCCCUCCAAGGAGGAGCUGACCCGCUGCCUGGCACAGGUGGUCUCGGACAUGCUAACACUGGGCCAAGCACAGCGUGGACCUUGCAUGGCCCUUCUCCACAGAGAAAUGUGCGCCCCGGAGCUGCGCGGCUGUGGGGCAGCAGACGCGAGCCUGGAAAAGCGGGAGGCUGGUGAGACCAGGUCGGGCCAGGAGGACGAGGCGGCGAGGGUCCAUGAGAACAGGCGGGAACAGGCGGUCCGGGAGCAGCUGCACAGCCGCCUCCACCAGGAAGAUGUCCAGGAGGACGUGCAAGAGGAUGGACAGAAGAGUGGGGCCCGCGGGGCCUUCGGGGGCCCGUGGUGGCUGCGUCUGGAGGGCACAGGCGGUACCCAGAAGCGGGUGGCAGAGCAAGCCCGGGACGAGGAGACAGAGAAGGAUGUGAAGGUGCUGGGGGACGCCCGCGGCCUGUGGCAGGGGCCUGAGGCAGAGCAGCUGGGGGAGCCGUCGCAACCCCACCAUGUCCACCAGCCACCAGCCGAGGCCCAGCAGGAGGAGAAGGAAGCGGCUCGAGAGAAGGCGGAGCGUGAAGCGGAGCGGCUGGAGCACGUGAGAGAGGAGCUGAAGAAGGCCACGGAGGUGCUGGGGGAGGAGCUCCGGAGGGAGGGCUGAUCCCAGGGGGGCCGCCCGCCUAACCCUCCGACCCCCCCUGGCUUUGUACCUUCGUCCCCAAAGCCCCCUCCGCACCUGACACCCCGCUCCGUGCCUGGAAGGGCAGGAGUGGAGAAGGGUGGUCCUUGGCCGCGGGCCUGCGAAGGGCCAAAUCUGGGCUGGGCUCAGGCUGACUCAGGACACCCCCACCUCACCCACCCCAACCUUCCUGCGUGAA